GAUUUGCUUCUACGUAUUUCUUGCCCGAGACACCAGGCUGACCAGGCAGACAUAUUUAAAUUUACCACUGCAGAGGACCUCAGCCUUUCUGGCCUCGCAGGGAACAACUCUAUUAAGUGGGUCCUUUACUGUGAUUCUUGUGAUCUACUCUGAUUAUUCACUCUCUUCAAAAUGUUUUGCGGGGAAUACGUCCAAGGAACUAUCUUCCCAGCUCCAAAUUUCAAUCCUGUGAUGGAUGCCCAAAUGCUAGGGGGAGCACUCCAAGGGUUCGACUGCAACAAAGACCUGCUGAUCGACAUACUAACACAACGCAGCAAUGCGCAGCGGCAGAUGAUAGCUGGGGCCUACCAGAGCAUGUAUGGCCGGGACCUGAUUGCAGAUCUGAAGGAGCAACUUUCAUCUCACUUCAAAGAAGUGAUGGUGGGCCUGAUGUACCCUCCACCAUCUUACGAUGCUCAUGAACUCUGGCAUGCCAUGAAGGGAGCAGGCACCGAUGAGAAUUGCCUCAUUGAAAUAUUAGCUUCAAGAACAAAUGGGGAGAUUUUCCAGUUGCGAGAAGCCUACUGUUUACAAUACAACAAUAACCUUCAAGAGGACAUUUAUUCAGAAACUUCGGGACACUUCAGAGAUACUCUCAUGAACUUGAUCCAGGGUAACAGGGAGGAAGGCUACGCAGAUCCUGCAAUGGCUGCUCAGGAUGCCAUGGUGCUCUGGGAAGCCUGCCAGCAGAAGACUGGGGAACAUAAAACCAUGCUGCAGAUGAUCUUGUGCAACAAGAGCUACCCACAGCUCUGGCUGGUUUUCCAGGAAUUUCAAAAUAUUUCUGGUCAAGACCUGGUGGAUGCCAUCAAUGACUGUUACGAUGGCUACUUCCAGGAGCUGCUGGUUGCAAUUGUUCGCUGUGUCCAGGACAAAGCAAGCUAUUUUGCUUAUAAAUUAUACAGAGCAAUCCAUGACUUUGGCUUCCACAAUAAAACUGUCAUCAGGAUUCUAAUCUCCAGAAGUGAAAUAGAUCUGAUGACCAUAAGAAAACGUUACAAAGAGAGAUUUGGAAAAUCUCUCUUUCAUGACAUCAGAAAUUUUGCUUCAGGGCACUAUGAGAAAGCACUGCUUGCCAUCUGUGCUGGUGAUGUAGAAGACUACUAAAAUACAUCAAACAGGGGAAGAUUUGAAGGUCAUGAAAUCUUCUUCAUACAUACCUCAGACAUAGAUUGUUGGAUUUGUCCUGUUAUUGACACUGAAACAAAACUGUAGAAUCCUAUUCUUCUUCUGUCUCUAAAAUCAUUGAGAUGAGAAAAAAAAAAUCUACCAUUGAAAAAUGUCAUCCUGGAUUUGCACCUCUUACUCAAUUCGUAAUUAAUUAAAUUGUGUAUGGUGGAAUAAGAAAGGUAUUGCAUUGGAGUACAUUUUAUUUCAUUGAACUGUCAGUUCCUAGAAGAAAGUCUGCUCGUGACUGUCUUUUGUGGAACCAUCCUUAGUUUGUGACCACCCUCCAUAGUGAGAGAUUGCUUUCAGUGAGUGACCACCCUCCCUGUGUGACCUCUGAGGAACUGACUGGACUCCGACAAAAACAUAAAAAAGCUGAAAUGAUUCCCUAGAAUAUCCUUUAAAGGAAAAUAGAUAAUUGAAAGGAAAGUAAGUGUAGCAAGAGGUAUACUUACUGGGCUAGUGGUACAGGAAACUUGAAUGGAAAAGUCAGGGUUCAUAAGCAUCUGUGUG